CGCAUGAAUCGUAUAUUAGAAAACUGCACAACUUCCGGCUACUUCCGGUAGAUGUGAUCCUAGAAGGUCUAGAAAUAUUUUGGAAUCAUGGCUUCAGUUGAUCCAAAUGAUUUAGCUGGUGAUUUAACUCAAAACUUGGAAAACUCCUUAAAAGAAGAAAAGGCCAGAAAUGAAUCAGACUCAGAUAAAAAAUCCUUCAUCAAAGAUGAUAAUUAUGGUAUUAAUAAAAAGGAUUAUCAUGAAAAUGAAAACUCUCAGCAUCAAAAAUGCGGAACUGAUGUACCAGUAGAUGAAGUUGAAGCAGGAGAAAGUGACUCUGAUGUAGAUAAAUGUACAAAACCGGAUGAGAAUGAUAUAGUUGUAGAUGAGGAAUACAUGAAGAAAUUAGAAGAAAAAAUGUCAGAAGAAGAAAAACAGGUUAGAAAAGAUGAAGCCCAGGCACUUAAAGCAAAUGGGAACAGCCACUUUAAGGCCAGUGAGUUUCAACUUGCUAUUUGCUCAUAUACCCAGGCACUCCAGACAUGUCCACUUUGUUUUCAAAAGGAAAGGGCUAUCAUGUAUUCCAACAGAGCUGCAUGUAGACUCCAUUUAAAACAGUACGAAAAGGCUAUUGAAGACUGUACCAAAGCACUAGAACUUAAUCCUAAUUAUCUCAAAGCACUUUUAAGGAGGGCAGAAAUGUAUGAAAAGACUGAAAAAUUAGAUGAGGCAUUAGAAGAUUACAAAAAAGUAAUUGAAAUGGAUCCAACACAACAUACUGCGAGGGAAGCAUGUAUUCGAUUGCCACAGCAAAUUACAGAAAGAAAUGAGAAAAUGAAAGAUGAAAUGAUAGGAAAGUUAAAAGAACUGGGGAACAUGGUACUAAAGCCCUUUGGAAUGUCUACUGACAAUUUCAAAUUACAGCAAGAUCCAAAUACAGGAUCAUAUUCUGUGCAGUUUCAACAAAAUGCAAAAUAGAUUUUAAAAAAAAUAUCAAGGGUGGUGAUCCUUUAUACCACAAGUAAAAGUUUUCCAUGUAUUUGUCCAGUCAGAAGAAACUGCAAUUAGAACUUAUCUAAAAUAGAGAAUGUAGCUGGCUUCAUCAUCCUUCAGAUGCCUUAAAUGGUUUAGCUCAGUAGCAAGGAUUGUUCUGAUAUUUAUCAACUUGUUUAAAAGGUUACCACACAGCAGAUAUUCUUAACAUAAGCCAACAAAAAACUAUAAAGGAUAAAGAUAAGAAUUUGCUUGAUUGGCAAAAUGACUGCUCAGGCAUGUUUUUUUUUUUAAAUAUUAAUUUAAGGUGAUUUAAAAAUAUUUCCUGCCAAAAUAAGGCCUUGAUGCCCAUAUCUUGUCUGUCUACAUAAGGAAGCAGUGCUGUGUCAUCAAUAGGUGCUGAUGGUGAGAGAAAAUCUGAUUGUGAAUAGAGUAAGACAAGACGCCUUUUUAACUUUUAGAGCAAGCAGGAAAGAAAAGACAUCUAUUUACCCAAGAGAAAGAAAUGCAGAUUGUCCUUAGAGUACAAUUCUUUUUAUAUCUGUU